ACAAACUAAAUCCUUUUGUAGUGUUGAGCCUAUCAUCAAAACUUCUAUCAUUCCCCGCCAACCAUCUUCAACCAGAUACUCACUUUUCCAUUUCUAGGCUUUAUGAAUUUCAUGGGUUUUUCAUCCUUCCCUGAAAUUUGACAGAAAUGGGAGCACUCUCCGCGCAAACCCAUUUCAUCAAGACGCAAUUUUGCCCUUUGCAGCGCUUUGCUUCUUCCCACUCACAUAAUCUCAUUUCAGAGAGGAGCCCAUUUUUCAGGGGUCAGUUUCACACCAAACACUUUGUUAGAUUCAAUCCUGGCCCCCCAAUCAAGAAUCGCACUGGUGCUGUGUGUGUGCUGCCACUGACUGAGGAGAAUGUGGAGAAGGUGUUGGAUGAAGUGAGGCCAGGGCUCAUGGCUGAUGGAGGCAAUGUGGCUCUUCAUGAGAUUGAUGGUCUUGUUGUUGUGCUCAAGCUCCAAGGGGCUUGCGGCUCCUGCCCCAGCUCCACCAUGACCCUCAAGAUGGGGAUUGAGACUCGUCUCACCGAUAAGAUCCCUGAAAUCGAAGCAGUCGAGCAGAUUAUUGACACAGAAACAGGUCUUGAUUUGAAUGAAGAAAAUGUGGAGAAGGUCCUAUCAGAGAUUAGACCGUACCUCUCAGGCACAGGCGGCGGAGAAUUGGAGCUCGUUCAUAUCAACGACCAAGUCGUAAAGGUUAGACUAAGCGGACCUGCAGCUGGCGUGAUGACAGUUCGUGUAGCGCUCACACAGAAAUUGAGAGAAAAAAUACCAGUCAUUGCAGCUGUGCAGUUGGUAGACUAAAGAAUUAUGGAAGAAACCAAAUUAAGCUCAGAGAAUUUGUGAUUCUAAAUGCAAGAUUUCUCACACAAGUUUUUUAAUAUUCUUUGGAAAAGCUAUGUACACUAGUGAUAGAAAUGUAUAUUUUCUGUACUGAAACUGAAUUCUUGUUAUUGACUGUUGAGCUUUGUUGGUUUA